AUGGCAGAGCAGUUGAGAUACGACGGACAAGUUGUUGUCGUCACUGGUGCUGGCGGUGGUCUUGGAAAGGCAUAUGCCACCUUCUUCGGCUCACGCGGUGCUAGCGUCGUUGUCAACGAUCUUGGUGUCACUGCAAAGGGCGAGGGCAACUCAUCAAAGGCUGCCGAUGUUGUCGUCAACGAGAUUAAAGCCGCUGGCGGCAAGGCCGUAGCCAACUACGACUCAGUAGAGAACGGCGAGCGCAUCAUUGAGACCGCCAUCAACGCCUUCGGCCGAAUCGAUAUUCUCAUCAACAACGCUGGUAUCCUACGAGAUAUCAGUUUCAAGAACAUGAAGGACGAGGACUGGGAUCUCAUCUACAAGGUUCACAUUAAGGGUUCAUACAAGUGCGCUCGCGCUGCUUGGCCUCAUUUCCGCAAGCAAAAGUACGGUCGUGUUAUCAACACCGCCUCGGCUGCUGGCCUCUUUGGCAACUUUGGUCAGACCAACUACUCUGCUGCCAAGCUCGCCAUGGUCGGCUUCACAGAGACUCUGGCCAAGGAGGGUAUCAAGUAUGGUAUCUUGGCCAACGUUAUUGCGCCUGUCGCUGCCAGCAGAAUGACUGAGACCAUCAUGCCUCCUGAUGUGCUCGAGCAACUCAAGCCCGAGUGGGUUGUUCCCCUGGUCGCUACCUUGGUUCACAAGAACAACACACAGGAGACUGGUGGUAUUUUUGAGGUUGGUGGUGGCCACAUGGCUAAGCUUCGAUGGGAGCGCUCCAGUGGUCUCCUCCUCAAGGCUGACGACUCUUACACCCCCGGAGCUGUCAUCAAGAACUGGGGCAAGGUCGUUGACUAUUCCAACCCCCAAUAUCCCACAGGUCCCAACGACUUCCUCACAUUGCUCGAGGACUCCAUGAAGAUGGGACCUGCUGAGCAAGGCGAGAACCCCGACUUCACCGGCCGCGUCGCUCUUGUGACAGGCGGUGGUGCUGGUAUUGGUCGUAUUUAUGCUCUGGCUUUCGCCAAGUAUGGUGCAUCAGUUGUCGUCAACGAUCUGGCCGACCCCGAGCCCGUAGUUGCUGAGAUCAAGAAGCUUGGCGGCAAGGCCGUCGGUGUCAAGGCCUCAGCUGAAGAUGGUGAGAAAGUCGUCAAGGCUGCUGUUGAUGCCUUUGGCCGCAUCGACAUUGUGGUCAACAAUGCCGGUAUCCUCCGCGACAAGGCAUUCUCCAACAUGAACGACGAGCUCUGGGACCCUGUCCUGAACGUCCAUCUCCGAGGUACCUACAAGGUCACCAAGGCUGCUUGGCCUUACUUCCUUAAGCAGAAGUAUGGCCGCGUUCUGAACACCACCUCGACCAGUGGUAUUUACGGAAACUUUGGCCAGGCCAACUAUGCUGCUGCUAAAUGUGGUAUUCUUGGAUUCUCUCGCGCGCUUGCUCUUGAGGGCCACAAGUAUGGCAUCUAUGUCAACGCUAUCGCUCCCAACGCCGGUACUGCCAUGACUGCCACUAUUAUGCCUGAAGAGAUGGUCCAGGCCUUCAAGCCCGACUACAUUGCUCCUCUUGUCCUUGCUCUUUGUAGUGACAAGUGCCCUAACCCCACUGGUGGCUUGUACGAGGUUGGCAGCGGCUGGUGCGGACAGACUCGAUGGCAGCGAACCGGUGGCCAUGGCUUCCCUGUGGACGUUCCUCUCGUCCCCGAGGAGGUUGUCAAGCACUGGAAAGACAUCGUCACCUUCGACGGUCGCGCUGAUCACCCUACCAAGUCUCAGGACUCGAUCGAGAAGAUCAUGGCCAACAUGCAAAACACAAGCAAGGCCAAGGAAUCCUCUGGUGAACCCGAUUACAAGAAAGUCAUUGCCGAAACCGUCAAGCAGGAGGGCAAGCCUACUGAGUACAAGGUUGAGGAGCGAGAUGUCAUCCUCUACAACCUUGGUGUUGGUGCUAAGCGCACCGACCUCAAGUAUGUCUUUGAGGGCGCUGAAGACUUCCAGGUUCUUCCCACUUUCGGUGUCAUCCCUCCUUUCAACGCUGAGAUGCCUUUCAACUUUGACGAUAUUGUGCCCAACUUCUCCCCCAUGAUGUUGCUUCAUGGAGAGCAGUAUCUCGAGAUCCGCAAGUUCCCUAUCCCUACCAACGCUCGCCUUGUUAGCCGAGGCCGCCUCCUCGAGGUCGUCGACAAGGGUAAUGCUUCUGUUGCCCGAAGCUCUACCACUACUGUUGACGCCAACACUGGUGAGGAUGUCUUCUACAACGAGUCCAGCAUCUUCCUCCGUGGUACAGGUGGUUGGGGCGGUCCCAAGCGUGGUGCCGACCGCGGUGCUGCCACUGCUGCCAACAAGCCCCCUGCUCGCGCUCCCGAUGUCGUCGUCGAGUCCCCUACACACGAUGACCAGGCUGCUAUCUACCGCCUGAGCGGCGACUACAACCCUCUCCACAUCGAUCCCGAGUUUGCCAAGGUUGGUGGCUUCAAGGCCCCCAUUCUCCACGGCCUCUGCAGCUUCGGUGUUGCCGGAAAGGCUGUCUACGAGCGCUUCGGUCCUUUCAAGAACAUCAAGGUCCGCUUCGCUGGUGUUGUCAUCCCUGGUCAGACAAUUGUCACUGAGAUGUGGCGCGAGGGCAACAAGAUCAUCUUCCAGUCCAAGGUCAAGGAGACUGGCAAGCCCGCUAUUGCCGGUGCUGCUGCUGAGCUCAGGACCGACGGCAAGAGCAAGCUCUAA